UACAAUUCUGGUUUAUUUUUCCAGUUCCACCCACACAAAAACUUGUCAAAACUAUCUUCUUCCAUUUCCUCAGUUUCCAAUUUAGUGGGCUAGUUCAAAGUCUCAAACUUUAAACAAUAUCAAGAAACCAAUGAAAUGGCUGAAGCAACAGGCUUAGACUAUUGGCUUCAAUGGCAAGUUCUUGUUUGUGCUCUAAUUGUCUUUAUCCCAACAAUUAUUUCACUCAAUCUCAUCAUCAAAACAAGUAGAAGACAAGUUAAGCAGCAGCAGCUCAAGUCUUGCGAUUUAUGGCUACCAUGUUGGAAAAAUCUUCACCCCAAGUGGCUAUUACUUUACAGAGUUAUAGCUUUCUGUUUCAUGGCUUUGUUGCUCUGUCAGACUGUGGUCUCUUUUGGUCCUUUUAUCUGCUUUUACUAUACACAGUGGACUGUUGCAUUGGUGCUGGUCUACUUUGCGAUUGGAGUCAUCGUGUCCGCGCGUGGUUGCUGGACUUACCCGAAGGAACCUUUGGCUAAUAAUGCAGAGAGAGAGAUGUUAGUUGCAAAAGAUUACAGUGACAGUGCUCAUGAAUCUACUACAGAUAUUAAGGCUGUGGGAGAAAAUUCAAUUCAUCAAGAAGCAGGGGCUUUGGAAAAUCUUAUGCAAUCAAUAUAUCAUGCAUGUGGAGGUGCUGUCAUGCUAACAGACUUGGUAUUCUGGUUCCUUUUACUUCCAUGGGGGAAUGAUAGCCUUACCAUGUUACUAGGGCUCCUGCAUUCUGCGAAUGUUGUUUUCCUUGUUCUUGAUUCAGCCUUUAAUAACCAUCCAUUUCCUUGGUCUCGCUUCACAUAUUUUGUGUUGUGGAGCUGUGCCUAUAUUAUUUCUCAAUGGAUAAUUCAUUUUUGUGGAGUAGUCACAUGGUGGCCUUAUCCUUUCCUUGAGCUUGAUACUCCAUGGGCGCCUGCCUGGUACUUUGGUCUGGCUUUGUUUCACAUUCCGUGCUAUGCUCUAUACUCCCUACUUAUAAAAGCAAAAGACUUCAUUUUAUCAAGGAUGUUCCCACGCGCAUUUUUAAGGUCAUCUCCUUAGACUUUAUCAUCAUCACUUCCGCAAAAGAGAGGUUAUCCUUGUACACUAAGUAAGAAUUGAAGCAUACAAUUUCAGAACCGAAGGAAGCAGUAGUAGAUCAUGUAUUAGUUAUGGAGGUGGCUUAGCGCAAGCAGGGUUGUUCCAUUUGAGCAUGAUAACAUUGUAAAAUAAAAAAAAAUAAGAGUACAUAUGUAAUUAAGCUGAAUAACAGAUUAGAUAUUAUUUUCCUUACUUAUCAGUAAUUGGUUUACAAAAUGUUGUUUCUUAAAUUAUGCAAACUACAAAAUAUUAUAACCUUACAAUAGGCUAUAUAUCUUAUACUGUCUGUAGUUCUUCA